AUGAAGUCCUCGGUUUGCGCGGCCUUGCUGGCCUCGGUGGCUGGAGUUGCGGCUGCACGUCCUCAGAUUGUGCCCUCCCCAGCUCAGCCCAGACUGCCAGUUCCAAACCCACCAGUCAGGACGAAGCAGUGUGUCGUCCAGACAAAUGGAGAUGGCUCGGAUGAUUCGGAGCACAUCCUGUCUGCUUUCGAGGACUGCAACAAUGGUGGCCAUGUCGUGUUCAGCGAGAACGCCACAUACACCAUCGGUACUGCCAUGGACUGGACUUUCCUCAAGUCCAUCGACAUUGCCGUGCAUGAAAGGAGACGGCCCGCUAAUGAGAAGCCAAUAGACAUUCGGGGUGAUGUCAAGUUUACCGACGACACCGACUACUGGCAGGCCAACUCCUUCAAGUUCGGCUUCCAAAACGUCACUACCUUCUUCAAGUUGGGUGGAGACGACGUCUUUAUCUACGGAGGUGUGUGCUUAUCCGUGUUCUACCUUGCCCAGUCCCUUACCCUCGUCUACUUUGCCCUGGUCAGGCGUCUUAGGACACACAAGGCAGCUCUCGGCCGCGGUACUCUGGAUGGCAACGGGCAGACUUGGUACGAUCUUUAUGCUGCGGACAAGUACAUCUUGCGCCCAGUCCUCAUUGGAGUCGACGGUCUUCACAACAGUAUCAUCAGUGACCUCGUGCUGAGGUACUCGCCACAAUACUACGCGUUCAUUGCCAACUCUACCAACGUCGUGUUCAACAACUUUGAUAUCUCCGGGUAUUCAUCGAGCUCCAACGAGGCGAAGAACACGGACGGCUGGGAUACCUACAGGUCAUCCGAUAUCACAAUCAUGAACUCUGUGAUCAACAACGGCGAUGACUGCGUGUCCUUCAAGCCCAACUCAACCAACAUCCUUGUGGAGUCGCUCUGGUGCAACGGCUCCCACGGAAUCAGCGUUGGCUCACUGGGCCAGUACCCCGGCGAGUUCGACAUUGUGGAGAACAUUUUCGUGACCAACAUCUCGAUGCACAAUGCCUCGGACGGUGCCCGCAUCAAGGUCUGGCCGAACGUCGCCUCCGAGCUGUCUGGUGAUUUGCAGGGAGGCGGGGGCAGCGGCCGCGUCGACAACAUUACCUACGAUGGCAUGACCAUCGACAACGUGGACUAUGCCAUUGAGAUCACUCAGUGCUACGGCCAGAAGAACCUCACAUUGUGCUUGGAGUACCCCUCGCCCUUGACGAUCGAGAACAUCUACUUCCGCAACUUCAAGGGCACCACGUCGAAGAAGUAUUCGCCCGACAUCGGCCUCUUCGCCUGUUCCAGCAAGGAGGUCUGUGGGAACAUCUAUGCCGAGAACAUCGACGUGGUGAGUCCCGCCGGGGGUGACGAGGCGUCCUGCUUGAACGUCGACGAGAGCGUGUUGGAUGUCACCUGCCAGGCAAUGCUCUAG